AUGGCGCCAAAGGUGCAAGACCUGGGCGUGUUCGGCGAUCCUCUCAACAAACGGGAUUACAGCUUGAGAAGCAGAGAUGCGUAUCAAGUCCUCGUAGCUGCAAAGCAGAGGACACUAUACGAAAAGUCCAACCAGCAACAUGGCAGACAUCCUGACUUCUCUGGCACUAGCAGCGGGAGCAACCAGACCGCCAAGAUUUACGGGGCGGCUGAAUCUCAAAUGGAUACAGGGGAUGAAACGCCCGUCCAUUGCGAUGUCGUGUGGAAACCUGUCGCUCAACCGACCAAGACUCCAAUACAAACACCACCAGCAACCCAGCAGAACAAGGUGAAACCACCAGCAACUCAGCAGAACAAGGUGAAACCACCAGCAACUCAGCAGCAGGAAGCUAUGAUACCCGCAUCGAAAAGUGUACAGCAGGCUGCUGCAGCCAGAGAGAAAGACAAUGAUCAGAACAUUGAAUUUUGUCCUCCAGAGUGCGAUCCAGAGGAAGACUACAUAUACAUGUGA